AUGGUCCUUCAUCGUCGCGAUCUUGUUUUAGCGGGAGUUGGCGGCUUCAUCGCUUGGGGCCUGGUAGUGCGCUGGCUGCCGAUCCUUCGAUAUCUCGGAUGGGCCUUAGCGUUGGGGGCCGCGUUGUCCUGCGCUGCAUUCUUGGCGCUGGUCGUCCUCACCAUCCGAAAGCCUACCGACAAGCCUUUCAGCCCGAAGACUGUCUCGGUGGCUUUCAUCACACCUAAUUACUGGCGAAGAGAUGUGCUCAAUGUGCGCAAAAGCUCACGGUACAGGCCCCGGCCUCUAUAUCCGCAAUCUUUUGUUGUUUCGGAAGAGAUAGAUGGUCUUCUGUCUCUAAUUACGCGCGACUUCAUAUCUUCAUGGUAUCACAACAUCAGUCCGAAUCCUACAUUUGUGAAUGAAAUUGAUCGGACGAUCCGAGUCGCUCUGGAAAAUCUUCGAGACAGGCUGCUCUCAGAAGAUCUGAUCUCUUUAGUUGUCUCACGGGUCUUUCCCAUAUUGACCACCCAUCUGAAAGAAUUUGAUGUCGCCGAACGGCAAGUGCGUGGGCGUAAUUUGAAUCGAAAUGUGACGGAAUCCGAAGAGCUGGACUUGGCUGUCGCCAAAAAGUACCGCGAGGGCCGUUUACACCCUGCAGUUGCGCUCUCUACGUCUGACCAAAAGCAGGUCCAGCAAGAAUAUCUUCGCAAGAUUUCCGUGGGGCUUCUUCCUCAGCUGUUUCCUGAAAGCGUACUCAACAGUCGAGCUGUAUCUGUCUUGAUUCGCGAAAUUAUUUCAUGCGCAGUGUUACUUCCGAUUGUGUCAUCACUUUCGGAUCCGGAUACGUGGAAUCAAUUGAUGGAGGCAUAUGGAAGAACCGCUUUACAGGAUCGGAAAACUGUGCGCAAGCUUCGAGCUGCACUGGAUGAACAUGCAUCGCCUGUUCCAAGGUCCAAGCGCGGACAACCAUUUCCACGACUCUCACCCUCGGACUCUGAACGUGCGUUUGAACGAUUUGUUCGAGCCAUCAGACGAUGUAAUAAUUUGUCGGAUGCUCGUCGAUUUCGUGCACUUGUGACUACUCAGUUGAAGCGUGAGAGCAUGGUUGAGGGACAAGAUCAAGUCUAUCUACGGCGACUAGAGACUGGCAAAAGAGUCCUGGAUCAAAAAGUGUCCAAGCUGUCGGUUCCUGGAGAAGCCUCUCGUCGACUGGCUGAAGCAGUGAAGCCACGUCGCGAUAGCUCCGCCGCACCAGAGACUUCUCUUGUGGACGUAAUGCAUAGUGCAUCGGGCCUCUCAUACUUCAUGGAGUUCAUGGACCGCCAGAAACUGAUGUCUCUAGUUCAAUUCUGGAUUGUGGUCGACGGGCUCCGAAAUCCAUUGGAAGACGACUUCGGGGACGACACAUCGUCUGCUUCUGGUGCCUGGACAACUGGCGACAGGAACGACUUGGCGCUUCUUAGUGAAACCUAUCUCAACAAACCAGAACUGAAGGUUUCGGACGAGGCACGACGUACGGUCAAGGCAUUCUUAAGCGCAGGCAAACGUGCCACGCCCGAGCAGUAUCGUAAAGCUCGGACGACCGUAUUGACUACCCAAUCUGCUGUGUUGGACGAAAUGGAAAGCAUUCAUUACCCAAAAUUCAAGAAGUCCGAUCUAUACUGGAAAUACCUGGCGUCAGACGACGCCUCAGGUACCCAGAUACCCACUGCAAACCACUCUCCACCACCUGCGGUCACUUUCGAUGCCCCCGAGAGACGACCUCUGCCUCCAUUAAUGGUACGGACGGGCUCCCAGCCGAACGCUAGAUCAUCGAAAGAUCUUCGAAGAGCUGCUGUCUCAUCCACUGACAUCCGGGGAAUGGGCAAGUUAUUUGACGAUGAUGAUUCACCACGACGAUCCAUAGACUCCGAGAGGUCUGGCCAUCUUUUUGACGACGACUAUGAUACAGAUAACCUUGCCGCAUCUACUGCAAGCCUGGGGAAAGAUUCUCCAAAUGGGGAUAAUGAUACGUCCCAGAGCCAAGUUCUGGAAACUAUGGAGGCGGCUCUCAACGACAUUAUCACCAAUGAACCAAAGAAUCCACGGGUCGAGGACCUGAAAGGUAGCGGUGACUCCUCUUCCUCGCUUUUCGGAUUGGAUCUUCCUGACCCUACGCGUCGCAAUCCAACCGACUCAUCCCGAGCCGAGAGUCGCCCAGUUGGGAAGAAGAAGAGUAUUGCGACGCUAGGCCUUGUUGGUCACGGCUUACGCCAUGGUGUCUUUGACGAUGACCUAUUCCCCGAUCAGAAACAGUACUCCGAGGAUGACUAUGAAGAACCUGUCCCCGAGGAGAAGGAUCCGGCAGAUGAGGUCCAUGAAGCUGCACCCGGCGACCUCGGUCUUACUGAAGCCAUUGAAGCCCUGACUACCGACAUCGAGAAACUUAAAAGCCAAGAUUCCGUACUCGAGGCAUUGAGACGCAAGGCCGAGCUCACAAAUAACACAGCUGAGUUGCGCAUCUUGCGUAAAUCUAAGGCAAGCAUUGAGCGUGAGAUUCAUCGCAAGGAGAUGCAACGCCAGCAGUAUAUCAUCCAGGAGAGUGACAACAGUUUAUAUGGGCGAUCUACCGUCCGCAUUAAGUCCAUUGUGGUGGGCAAGGAUGAGGACGAUGGACGUGAGUUUGCGAUGUAUAUUGUCGAAGUUCAGCGAAACGCCGGAGAACAGAUGCCAGCUGCAUCAUGGGUUGUUGCACGCCGCUACAGCGAAUUUCAUGAACUUCACCAAAAGCUUCGACUGAGCUACCCCUCCGUCCGACACUUGGAAUUUCCCCGUCGGCGGGUGGUGAUGAAGCUUCAGAAAGAGUUCCUCCAAAAGCGCCGUAUCGCCCUGGAGGCCUAUCUCGAGAAACUUCUCCAUCUACCGGAAGUCUGCCGUAGUCGUGACCUACGAGCCUUCCUCUCCCAACGAGCUAUCUUACCCCGCGAUAAUACCAAUUCCCGCAACAGCGAAGGCGAAAGCAAGGACCUGGUCACGCGCAUCUAUAACUCCGUCGCAGAUGGCAUGGACGAUUUCCUCGGCAAUUUCGGGGUCCUGGAUCAACUAUCCACAGCAGGCCAGAAUUUAAUCUCUGCUGCAACUCAACAGACCGGCACCAGCGCCGCUCAAGAUCCUGUCAUUGCUACCGAAGACGCCGUCACGACUGCCGAGGCCGAAGCAGAGCUCAAUGCUUUCGAAGACCGUGAGCUCGAGCCCUUCAUCAAACCAAUCUGCGACCUCUUUCUCGAAGCAUUUGAAUUAAACCGUGGAAACAACUGGCUGCGUGGCCGCGCUGUCGUCGUCGUCUUGCACCAACUUCUUGGUGGCACGAUCGAGCGCAAAGUCCGCGACGGCGCCCGUUCGCUUAUCCAGGAUGAAUCGCUUCUACGCUAUCUCACCCUCGCUCGAGACUCUCUGUGGCCGGGCGGUGUCCUACGAAAGUUCACCCCUCGCUCCGGCCCCGAACGGCUCAAUAGCCGCGCCGAAGCUACCGUCGUCCUCGCAACCCUCAUCCCAGAUCUAGCAGGCAGUGUUGUCGGCCGUGCCAAUGCCCAAGCCGCGGCUCGUCGUAUCUUCGCUACACUGAAUAACCAACCUUUGAACACACAUCUCGUCUUCACUAUCCUCGACGAGAUAGUUCUGGUCCUCUUUGGCAGUCGUGAGCCUGGUCGCUCUCGUUGA